GCCCCUUCUGUGCCUUCUGUUAGUGGCAGUCUUGGGAACGUCGGCGAGCGCUCAACAUGGCGGGCGUGGAGCAAGAAGCCAUCCCCGUGGAGGAAAAACACCUGAACGGAGAGCUGCUUUUGGAGCCCGAGGAAAGAGAAAGCACCGGUGGGGUUGCCGCCGAUGAAAACGCCAAGAAAAAACGCAAGAAGAAAAAGAAAAGCAAAGGAGGCGCUGUCGGACAACAAGAGGCUGAAAAAGAGUUAGAGACAACACUAGAUGAGGUAGCAAACCAACUAGAUAAACAAACACUGGAAGAAAAGGAAAAAGAUGAUGACGAUGAAGAUGGUGAAGGAGACGGUGACAGUGCAGCAGGAAAGAAAAAGAAGAAAAAGAAGAAAAAGAAAGGACCAAAGCUGCAGACAGACCCACCAUCUAUUCCAAUAUGUGACUUGUUUCCCAGUGGGAUAUUUCCAAAAGGCGAGGAAUGCGAGUAUCCAGCAACGCAAGAUGGGAGAACGGCUGCUUGGAGGACUACAAGUGAUGAAAAGAGAGCACUAGAUCAAGCAAGUGAAGAGAUCUGGAAUGAUUUCAGAGAGGCUGCUGAAGCACAUAGACAAGUGAGGAAAUACGUUAUGAGCUGGAUCAAGCCUGGAAUGACCAUGAUCGAAAUUUGUGAAAAACUAGAAGAUUGUUCACGGAAGUUGAUACGAGAAAAUGGCUUAAAUGCUGGGCUUGCAUUUCCCACAGGGUGUUCUCUGAAUAAUUGUGCAGCCCACUAUACCCCCAAUGCUGGAGAUCCAACUGUUUUGCAGUAUGAUGAUAUCUGCAAGAUAGAUUUUGGAACACAUAUUAAUGGUCGUAUCAUUGACUGUGCUUUUACUGUCACAUUCAAUCCAAAAUAUGACAGGCUCUUACAAGCUGUAAAAGAUGCAACUAAUACUGGAAUAAAGUGUGCUGGAAUAGAUGUUCGCCUCUGUGAUGUUGGUGAAGCUAUCCAGGAAGUCAUGGAAUCUUAUGAAGUUGAAAUUGAUGGUAAAACCUAUCAAGUGAAACCUAUUCGGAAUUUGAAUGGACACUCUAUUGGGCCAUAUAGGAUACACGCAGGCAAAACUGUUCCCAUUGUGAAAGGAGGGGAAGCAACAAGAAUGGAAGAAGGAGAAGUAUACGCUAUAGAAACCUUUGGUAGCACAGGAAAGGGGGUUGUUCAUGAUGAUAUGGAAUGUUCUCAUUAUAUGAAGAACUUUGAUGUUGGACAUGUGCCUAUAAGGCUUCCAAGAGCAAAACACUUGCUGAAUGUUAUCAAUGAAAAUUUUGGUACUCUUGCCUUUUGCCGUAGAUGGUUAGAUCGUCUGGGAGAAAGUAAAUAUCUAAUGGCACUGAAGAACCUAUGUGACUUGGGUAUAGUGGACCCAUAUCCUCCCCUAUGUGAUAUUAAAGGCUCAUACACAGCACAGUUUGAGCACACCAUAUUGUUGCGUCCAAUGUGCAAAGAAGUUGUCAGCAGAGGAGAUGACUAUUGAAAUUUCAAAGCCAUUACCUCACUUAUGUACUCUGUUGGAACAUGUUAUGCCAGAAUAAAUUUGCAGUCUGUUUUAACAGUCAACUCAAUGUGAUAACUUUCCAUGUUCAGAAGAAAAGAAUUUAAUCAAAGGCAAGUUCUCUAAUGUAACUAAGGAAAAAAAACAGCUACUGGGGCUUCUAGAAUGUUUCAGAUUACUUCUAUAUUUUUCUUUUGUGAGAAAUAUGCUACAAAGUGUUAUUUUUAGUUUGGAAUGAGUUAUACAUAUUGUUUGAAAUAUUUCUGAAAAAAUGCUUUUCAGGUAUAUAUAUUAUCAUAUUCUUACUUGAAUGCUUUGAAUGAUCACAAAUGAUUUCUGCACCUAAGCUGUCUUUGCUGUUGCCUUUUAAACUGCCUGGAAUGCAUUUUGUAAAAUAAAUAAAUAAAUAAAUAAAUCACAAAUUCAAAUAGUUUUUAGAAGUAUCACAAUCCAAGGCAGUAACACACUGGAAAGUCUCUCCCAUUAACCCACCUUUUGAUAGAAAAAGUUUCCAGUGUAAGCACAGCAAGCAAAUACAAAGUAUGCUUUAAUUUUAGCUGCAUUGUGUACAUUUUUAUUUUGCUUCAUUAUUUUGCUUUGAAUCAAAUUACUGGGUUUUCUUUCUGCUUUAUAAUAGACUGCGCUAGGACUAGCCAUUUUUCUUGCAGUGAAAUGCUGCAUUUUUUUAACCUUACAAGGGAUUUAAGAGAAGUAAAUGGUGAAUCAUGAUGGGCUGGCAUAGAAUUUGAGGGAAUUUUGAAGCUGCUUGACCUGGUUGUAAAAUUAAUUAAGCAGCACUGAAGGGGCAACAUAUGGUAAACCCAAGGCUGUAUUGUAGACUUAGAAUUAAAAAAAAAAAACCAAUGUAAAUACUUCUAUGGUAUUUUUAGAAAAUUGCAGUGGUGUAUCCAUGAAGUCAUGUGAAAUCAACUCAAAGGCCAUUUUACUUUUUUGGCACUGUAUUGCUUAUUAAAAAGUACAGUGUUGUUACAACCCUCUCAAAUUCCAAGUGUGGGAUCUACUCACUUGGUGAAUUCUGGAGGCUACUACUGAAAUAGGCUAGUACGUUUAUUCUCUGCCAUUCCUGUAUGAUAAACACUAGCUAGUGUUUAUAGAAGCCUGUCUUAUAACAGGCUAUUUCUAUUAACUACAGUGUGAGCUUCUAUAUUUUUAACUUACUAGAAAUUUUUACUUAUAAAAGCUUGAUACAAGGAGUUCAUCUCCUAUGCAGUACAGUUGAAGCCAAUCAAAAUCACACAGAAUCAUUCUGUUCUUAACAUACAAAAAGUUUGAACCGUAGUGCUUUUUGUUCUAUUCAAACCAGGAUUAAUGGAACAUCCAAAGGUUAAAAUCGUUAAAAUAUUUUGGUGGAGCUACUAUGUCGUAAUUGUAGAGCUCAUUAAGGUAUUGUAUAAACUAAGAGGUUUCUUACUUGCAGUACUAUUUAACUUGGAAAGGUUGAAGCUGUUAAAUACAUUAUAGCUUUGCCAACCUAUAAUCUUGGCUAUUGCAAUUAAAAAUACACAAUGCUGGAUUCUUAAGAAGCUAGAAGGAAUAUUUCAGUUUUAAUAACUUUCCAUGUUUUUAUAGAUACUAAAAUAUUUUAAAUAUUGAGCUCUUAUUAUUUGUGUUCAAAAAAAUAUACAUGUAAAAAGUUGCAAACAAGUUGUAAUCUGCAGGCUGCUGGGAUACGGCUUUAUAGUAGUGUAAAUAGUUUCACAAACCUUGCAGAGAACUGAUGAGAAAUCAAGUAUAAUUCCUAGGGCAGUGGUGGCGAACUUUUUUGGCACCGAGUGCUGAAACAGGAGUGCGUGCGUGCAUACCCAGAAAUCAGGAGAGCAGCUCCCCGGUGUGCAGAUGCAGGAGCACCAGAAACCGGAAGCUUAGCUUCCCAGUGCACGCAUGCCCGCUGGCCACCUGGUCUUCCGGUUUCUAAUGCGCAUGCAUGUGCAAAGACCAGCUGGCUGGUACAUGUAUGCGCACCAGGCAGCUGCUCUUCCAGUUUCCGGUACUCCUGCGUGCGCGAAGACUGCUGGCAUGCCCAAGAGAGAUGGCUCUGCCUGCCACUUCCGGCACGUGUGGCACAGGUUCACCAUCACGGUCCUAGGGAAAAGGUAAAACAAGGGGAGA